AUGUCUUAUCAACCUAACCAGCCCCCCUACGGAGGAUAUGCACCCCAAUACGGACAGCAAGGUCCUCCUUCAGGACCUCCGCCCCAGGGCUAUCAGCAGCCUUAUGGUGCCCCUCCCCCGCAAGGACAAUAUCCCCCCCAGCAAGGCCACUACCCCCCGCCUCAACAGGGGCAUUAUCCUCCACCCCAGCAAGGCCACUACGGUGCCCCUCCCCCGCAGGGAGGACAUUACGGCGCGCCAUCUCCUCAACCCCACGGAUACCAUGCUCCGCCCCCACAACCUCCAUAUGGCCAACAGCCACAUGGCUAUGCCCCUCCAGGCCAACCGCCCGCGGGUGGUCCCGGAUACCCACCUCCAGGCCAACCACCCGUUGGAUACGGCGCACCACCACCCGGCGGCGCCUUCCCACCCCAGGGUGCACCAUCACAACCGUCUCUGGGUUACAUCCCUGGCCAAGUAGCACCAGGCGACUUCCGGCCCCAAGCAGAUGCGCUUCGCAAAGCGAUGAAGGGCUUCGGCACGGACGAAAAGGCCCUGAUUGCAGUCCUCGCGCGGCUCGACCCGCUCCAGAUGGCCGCUGUCCGCGACACAUAUUCCAAGCACCUCGGCCGCGAUCUGUUCAAGGAUGUUAAUUCCGAGGCUGGCGGGUACUUCCGCGAUGGCCUACUUGCCGUGAUCGACGGACCGCUUAUGCAUGAUGUCGAGAACUUGCACUCGGCAAUCGAUGGCGCUGGAACGAAGGAGUGGUUACUCAACGAGAUCUUGCUCGGCCGGUCCAAUGCCGAUAUGAAUGCUAUCCGGACGGCCUACGAAAUGAGACACAGGCGCUCGCUUUCUAAGGAUGUCGAAGGCGACCUCUCCUUCAAGACGUCUACUCUGUUUGCCAUUGUCCUUCGUGCUAGUCGCCAUGAAGAGUCUACCCCUAUCAACCCGCAAACCAUCGAUACGGAUGUUCGCGCUCUGCAAGGGAAGAACGUCACCGAGGUGUGCGCAGUAUUUGCCCAGGCGUCCAAUGCUGAGCUCCGCGCUAUUAGCCAGACUUUCGAGUCUCGCUACCAUAUCCCCCUCGAGAGGCAUAUCGAGAAGGAAUUCUCGGGUCAUAUGGAAGACGCGCUGCUCCUGAUGCUCCGCACGGCUACAGAUCCUGCCAUGCGUGAUGCUAUCCUACUUGAGGAGUCCAUGAGCGGCAUGGGCACCAAGGACGAGCGUCUUAUUGUCCGUGUUGUCCGAACCCACUGGGACCGCAACCACAAGGAGAUGGUCAAGCGCGCUUACCAACACAAGUAUAAGAAGAACUUGAUUGAUCGGGUUCGCGGCGAGACCUCUAGUGAUUACCAGCGGUUGAUGGUUGCUCUUCUUGAGUAG